AAAAUGUUUCAGCAGAGAAGAGUAGACUUUACUGAAUGAAGUGAAAGACAAACCUCCUUUCUCUCCGGACUCCCUCUGACAGGACUGAGCCGCUUUACGCUCUGAAAGGGAAACAAAUCCAAGCCUGGCUCUGCUGACGUGGAGAACUACAGAGGAUUCAUUUGCCAACCUGACCUGUUUCAGGCGUGGUCAGAGGGCCUCAAGAUGAGCCAGAAGGUGCUGGUCACAGGUGGAGCGGGCUUCAUUGGCAGCCACUGUGUGGUGGAGCUCAUUGAAGCCGGGUUCCACCCAGUCGUAAUAGAUAACUUCAGCAACGCUGUAAAAGCUGAUGGAGAAGGCGAAGACGUGCCAGAGAGCAUUCGCAGGAUAGAAAAGCUUUUGAAAACCAGCAUUGAGUUUCACAAACUAGAUCUUCUGGACAAACCUGACCUGGAAAAGCUCUUUGAAAAGCAUUCUUUCAGUGCUGUGGUGCACUUUGCUGGACUGAAGGCUGUCGGGGAGUCGGUCGAGCAGCCGCUACGCUACUACAGAGUGAACCUCACCGGCACCAUGAACCUGCUGGAGGUGAUGCAGGCUCACAACGUGCACAAUCUGGUCUUCAGCAGCUCGGCCACAGUGUACGGAGACCCCCAGUACCUUCCCAUUGAUGAGAAGCAUCCUGUGGGGGGCUGCACCAACCCCUACGGCAAGACCAAGUUCUUCAUUGAGGAGAUGAUCAAGGACCAGUGUAAAGCUGAGAAGGACUGGAAUGCCGUGUUGCUGCGUUAUUUCAACCCGAUCGGAGCUCAUAAGUCUGGAGAGAUCGGUGAAGACCCUCAGGGUAUCCCCAACAACCUGCUGCCAUACGUCGCCCAGGUUGCCAUUGGGAGGAGAAAGCAUCUCAGUGUAUUUGGAAAUGACUAUGACACGGUCGAUGGCACAGGUGUGCGGGAUUACAUCCAUGUUGUCGAUCUGGCAAAGGGACACAUAGCAGCUCUGAUGAAGCUGAAGGAGAACUGCGGGUGCAAGGUUUACAACCUCGGAACAGGAAAGGGCUACUCUGUGCUCCAGAUGGUGAAAGCCAUGGAGAAGGCCUCAGGGAAAAAUAUCAAAUACGAGAUAGCCCCUCGUAGAGACGGAGACAUCGCAUCCUGCUACGCCGAGCCGACCCUGGCCGAGAAGGAGCUGGGCUGGAAGGCUGACUUUGAACUGGAGAGAAUGUGUGAGGAUCUGUGGCGCUGGCAGUCCAACAAUCCCACUGGAUUUUCCAAAACUGCAGCCUCUUGAUGCCCCCUCUCCAAACUGCUUGUGGUGAAAUCCUCUUUUGAAUAGCCAAAGCGAACCGGCAACCUCCUCAUUUUUGCACAUGAAGCAGUGGAGAGACCUCAAGGGGAGCUGGAGUCUUUGUGUUUUUCUUUCAUUUUAUCUUAUUUUCAACCUUCUUUGUUUACGUGCUCUCAUUUCUAAUCUGUGUUUUCUGUUCGUGUAUGAUGAGUAAAAAUAAAUUAAUUUUCCUACAGAA